CGGAAAAAAACAUCAGUUUACAGCCGUUCUCGCAAUUGAACGGACGUACGAAAUUUGCGAGUUCUAGUUAACGAUGGGUCUGCUUAGUUCCAAGUCAAAAAAGAGCUAUGAAGUGGCCGGUUCCGGCACUCAGAAUCAGAAAAAGGCCUCGAUGAAAAGUUCUCGGUCAACUAAUACGAAAAUUGAGGGGUCACCCACUCAAUCUGAGCCACCAAACCCUAGCUCGGUAAUUGAGGAGAGCAAUUUGAAACCUGAGUGGCUCAAUGAAACGCUAUUCGAGGCAUUACUCACCGCGAAUGUCGUUCAGUUCUCAAAGAUAGUGGGUUUUCGGGUAAUACCCGCCAUGGCCCCUGGAGAGAACUAUGCCACUUUGAUGUUGAGGAUCAGCAUAGAUGUGGAGCUAACUGACAAGAGCACCAAACUGGUCUCCUUCAUGAUGAAGGUACCACACAAAACGCCCCAAAUGGAACAGAUGCUGGCCAUGGCUAACUUUUUCAAUAGCGAGAAUGCAGUCUACUCGGAUAUAUUGCCAAAAUUGAAGGAACUUUACAAGGUCAGCGGUCUGGACAUCACCUUCGCACCCAAAGCAUUUAAACUGGACUCCAAAAAAGAGCCCAACUUGGCCAACACAGUGCUCAUGAAUGACAUGGGCCAGGAUGGCUUCAAGAACUUAAAUCGCCUGGAAUGCCUCAACUUGGAACAAACUAAGUUUGCACUGAAAAAACUGGCCCAAUUUCAUGCGGCAUCUGCCAUGAAUGUGCAGGUGAAUGGACCCUAUGCAGAUAUGUAUGUUAAUGGAGCCUUCGGUGGAAACAAAGAGGUUUUGAUGGCAUUUUUUGAAGGAAUGAUUUCCUCCUUCCGGAUAGCUUUUAUGGCCAACCUGAAGAACUUCGAUAACGGCGAAGAAUUCCGUGAAAAGCUGGAAUCGGCAUUCUCGCAGAUCACUUUAGACUUGGAACAUCUAAUGAAAGUCGAUCCCACUGAGUUCAAUGUACUGAACCAUGGUGACUGCUGGAUGAACAAUCUGCUGUUCAAGGUCGACUCUAAGGGCGAAGUGGAAGACAUGGUGUUUGUCGACUUCCAGAACCCCAAAUACGGCUCUCCCACUCAGGACUUGUUCUACCUACUUAUCACCUCGGUGCACAUAGACUACAAGCUGGAUUACUUUGACUUCUUCAUCAGGCACUACCACGAACAGUUGACCAAGCACUUGGAUAUUUUGGGUUACAACGGCAAACAGCCCUCGCUGAGGGAGCUCCACAUGCAGAUGUACAAGAACGGAAGUUGGGCCCUGUUACCCUCAAUAAGUGUGCUGCCCAUAGUGCUCCUGGAUCCAAAUGAGUCGGCCACGUUUGACAAUUUCCUUGGCGACACCGAAGCCGGUGCCAAAUUCAAGAACCUCUUGUAUGCCAACAAGCGCUACAAGGGCUACAUCGAAAAGAUUCUACCCUGGUUGGACAAUAGAGGUCUCUUGGAGGCCUACACUCAGUCCACGCCAACUGAAACAGCUUUAUUGGAACAUUGCGUAGAUCCCAACCAGAUUCUAGACUGGCUUAGUGUGAGUGACUUUGAAGAGAUCAUUUCCUCCAACGAACCCCAGUUUCAGAAGAUUGUGAGCGGUGCUUGGAGUUCGGCCACGAAGGCAGGUGACAACUUCGCCUCCAAGCUUUUAAAGAUUGAUAUACAGGCACAGCUCAGAGAUAAUAGUGUCAAGACCUACUCCUACAUACUGAAGGUGCAACCACCGAAAACCACUGACAACUUCAUCGACAUUAACAUGUUUCCCAAGGAAAUGGAGAUGUAUCGCAAAUAUGUGCCAGCCUUCGAGAAUCUCUAUAAGGAGGCAGGCUUGACGGUCACUUUUAGCCCAAAGUCCUUCGUGUUUAGUAAACCUGUGAAGGAAGAAUACCUCUUAAUGGAGAAUCUUCAGACAAGUGGCUUCAAAAUGGCUGAUCGCAUGAAGGGAAUGGACAUGGAGCACACAAAGAGCUCACUCAAGAAACUGGCCCAAUGGCAUGCGGCUUCCAUCAAAUACAAGGAGCUCAAUGGAUCCUACUCCCCUCUGUAUAACGAUGGAAUUUAUAUUGAGCAGACGAGGGAUCUGUACAAUAAUAUGUUUGCCCAGUCCAAGUACACGUUUAUUGAUAUAUUUGGAAAGUUUAAGGGCGCCGGGGAAUAUCUGCAUAAGCUGUCACGUAUAUUGGACAACCAUGUAGACCAGGUCAUCGAAGAUGCCAAAAUCAAUGAGGCAGAGUUUAAUGUACUUAAUCAUGGCGAUGCCUGGAUAAACAACAUUAUGUUUCAAUACGACUCUGAGGGGAAACUGAGGGAAACCUUGUUGCUUGAUCACCAGAAUGCGAAGUACGGAAACCCAGCUCAAGAUCUUUACUACUUCCUAAUGAGCUCUGCAGAGCUGGCAAUCAAGGUCGAUAAGUUUGAUUAUCUGAUCAGGUGGUAUCAUGAAAAUCUAGUGGAGUACGCGAAUUUGUUGAAAUACAACGGAUUGGUACCCUCUCUAAGUGAACUGCACUCUAUUUUGUUAGAACAUCCAGCUUUUGCUGUUGGCACAGUGAUCAGUACCCUGACCGUUUGCCUCAAUCAGGCCGACGAGGCCUUUAAUCCUGAAGCAUUUUUCGUCGAAACACCGGAAUCGGAAGCAUUUAGACGGCAGCUACUUGGUAACGAGCGUUACAAGGCCCAUAUUGAGCGGAUUUUCCCUUGGCUUGCUAGAAGAGGUCUUCUGGAGCCUAUGGGUCAACGAUCGUCAAAAGCAAAGCGGACCUAUGAAGUGGGCACUUCGGGGUCUGAAAAGCAGUCAAAGCCAACGGCUAGGGUGAACUCUGACCCCCCAGCUGCACCCACCAAGUCGGAACCCGAGGUUGAUCGAAGCAAUUUGCUGCCCAAGUGGCUGAAUGAAACGCAAUUUGAGGAAUUACUUGUAGCGAACAUACCAAAGUUUUCAAAGAUACUGAAUUUCCAAGCGAACCCCGCCAUGGCCCCCGGAGAAAACUAUGCCACACUUAUGUUGAGGAUCAGCAUAGAUGUGGAGCUAACUGACAAGAGUAACAAACUGAUCUCCUUCAUGAUGAAGGUUCCCCAUGACACUCCCCAAAUGGAUCAGAUGCUGGCUAUGGUAAAUUUCUUUACCCUCGAGAACGCAGCCUAUAUUGACAUACUGCCGAAAAUGGAGGAGCUGUAUAAGGCCAAAGGCAUGGACAUCACCUUCGCUCCACGAGCAUUCAAACUGGACUCCACAAAGGAGCCCAAGCUAGCCAACACCGUGCUAAUGGACGAUCUCGGCCAAAAUGGAUUCAAGAACUUGAACCGAUUGGAAGGCCUUAAGUUGGAGCAAGCUAAAUUUGCUAUACAAAAACUGGCCCAGUUUCAUGCAGCCGGUGCCACGAUGGUCCAGGUGCACGGACCAUAUUCUGAUUUAUUCCUGUUUGGCAUGAUGGGAAAUAACGUGAAUGUUAUAAAGGCGUUCAUUGAAGGAAUGUUGGGAUCUUUUCGAACGGCAUUCUUGGCCAAUCUGGACAAGUUGAAGGACGGAGAAUCCUAUCGUGAAACGCUGGAAAAAGUUCUUGCUGGCCUCACUACGGAAUUCAUGAAGAUCGCCACCAUAGAUCCCACUGAGUUCAAUGUGCUUAAUCACGGCGACUGCUGGAUUAAUAAUCUGCUGUUCAAGGUGGACUCCAAGGGGGAAGUGGAAGACAUGGUGUUUGUCGAUUUCCAGAACCCUAAAUACGGCACUCCCGUCACGGAUCUGCUCUACUUGAUCAUGACUUCGGUGCACAUCGACAUUAAGCUGGAUUACUUUGACUUCUUCAUCAGGCACUACCACGAACAACUGACCAAGCACUUGGAUAUUUUGGGAUUUACUGGCCGACAGCCCUUGCUGAGGGAGUUGCACAUUAAGAUAUUCAAACACGGCCCAUGGGCCUUGUUCCCAACCAUUUCUGUGCUGCCAGUGGUUCUUUUGGACCCCAACGAGUCGGCGACCUUUGAUAAUUUCAUGGCUGACACCGAAGCAGGUGCUAACUUCAAAAAUUUACUGUACGCCAACAAGCGAUAUCAAGGAUACAUUGAACGGAUUUUGCCGUGGCUUAAAAAUCGCGGUUUUCUGGAAGCCAGCCCUGAGCCAAUCCCAGCUCAGCCAUUAAUGGAACAACCAGAGCCACCGCAGCCUGAGAAUCCCGAUAAGAUACUUGACUGGGUUACCAUUACCGACUUCAAGGAUAUCAUUUCCUCUACCGAACCAGAAUUUGAGAAAAUUGUGAGCGGGUCUUGGAAGUUGGCGACGAAACCUGGCGACAACUAUGCUUCUAAGCUGCUAAGGGUUGACAUAGAGGCGCAGUUAAAAGACAAAAGCUCCAAGUCCUUCUCGUACAUCCUGAAAGUGAACACGGCCGAUGACAUGAUCAACUUCUCCGACUUCAACCUGUUUCCCAAGGAGAUCGAGGUGUACAGCACUUUUGUGCCCGGAUUCGAGCAGCUUUACAAGGAUGUUGGCGUGCCGGUCACAUUUAGUGCCAAAUCCUACCGCCUCAGCAAGGACGUCAGCGAAGAAUAUUUGAUUUUCGAUAACCUGCAAACAGCCGGGUUCAAGAUGUGUGAUCGCCUGAAGGGAAUGGACAUGGAACACAGCAAGUGCACUCUGAAAAAAUUGGCCCAAUGGCAUGCAGCCUCUCUGAAGUACAAGGAAAUCAAUGGACCCUACCCGCCCAAAUACGCCAAUGGCAUCUUCACAGAGCAAACUGCCGAUGUGUUUAAGGGUAUGUUUGCUCAAUCCAAGGAUUGCUUUCUGCAUAUAGUGGGCAAGUUUGAAGGCGUUGAUGAGUACCUGCACAAAUUGCCAGCUAUAAUGGAUUCCCAUGUUGACAAAAUAAUUGAAGAUGCCAAAAUAAAUGAGAAAGAGUUCAAUGUUCUUAAUCACGGCGAUGCUUGGAUAAACAACAUUAUGUUCCAAUACGACUCAGAAGGCCAUGUCAAGGAAACCUUUCUGCUAGAUCACCAAGUCACUAAAUACGGAAAUCCAGCUCAGGAUCUGUACUACUUCAUAAUGAGUUCCACUCAGCUGGACAUCAAAGUCGAUCAGUUUGACUAUCUUAUCCGAUGGUACCAUCAAAACUUAGAAGAGCAUGCCAAGCUAUUGAAGUUUAAUGGAUUUGUUCCCUCUCUAAAUGAACUGCACGUAAUUUUGCUAGAGCACCCCAUUUAUGCGGCUGCAACUGUGCUUAGCACCCUGACAGUUUGCCUGAACAAGACAGAUGAUAACUUCUCCUCCGAUGUAUUUUACAAGGACGGUAAGGAAGCAGAAGAGCAGAGAUUGCAGCUGUUCAGCAACGAACGUUACAAAGCCAAUAUAGAGCGCGUUAUGCCAUGGUUAAAUAGGAGGGGAUUGCUUGAUGCCUUUACCACCGAAAAAGCCUUAUAAAUACCCUUAGACUGAAGCAAUAAAAAACCCUUAUAAAUCAGCUUUA